GGGAGUGGAUAUAAAGAGGAAGAGGAGGAGGAAGAGUGGAAACAGCUGCAUUACACAACUCUGCAUGCUGAGAGCUAAGAGGAUUACUACAAAUGUUGAAAGCUAACGAGAGAACUCCCGAUGAAGACCUGAGCGGAUAACACACAGACUUUAUCAGGUGGAGAUGAGCCGCUGCCGGCUGAGGGACCUGAGGAUGUGGACCCUGAUGGGAGUGUGUGUCCUGCACUGUGUGUCCGCUCAGCUGUUUGACUCCAAACUGAAGGGAUCCCCUCGUCUGAUCUGCAGCAUCUCCGGACCCCCGGGACCUCCAGGUGGACCGGGUCCCAUCGGAGCCCUGGGGAGCGAGGGGAGGCCGGGGAGAGAUGGGAGGGACGGGAGAGACGGGAGGACGAGGGAGAAGGGAGAGAGCGGAGACUCAGGGCUGAAGGGCCGGCUCGGAUCCUCCGGUCUGAUCGGGGUCAGAGGUCACCGCGGCCCCCCGGGGAAGCGAGGCCCGGCUGGAGAGCAGGGAGACCCUGGUCUGCAUGGUCCUCCGGGGCUGGAGGGGCUGCAGGGGGUCAGAGGAACCCGAGGAACCCAAGGAACCUCAGGAACCUGCAGGUGUGGUUCCCUCACGCCCAGAUCUGCCUUCUCAGCAGGCAUCACCAGCAGCUACCCGGCAGAAAAGACCCCCAUCAGGUUCAACAAGGUGCUGUUGAACGAGGGGGGGAACUACGACCCUCAGACGGGGAAGUUCAUGUGCUCCCUCCCCGGGAUCUACUUCUUCUCCUACCACAUCACGCUGGCCAACAAGCACCUGGCCAUCGGGCUGGUGCACAACGGGCAGUACCGCAUCAAGACUUUCGACGCCAACACGGGGAACCACGACUCGGCCUCGGGGUCCACCGCCAUGUUCCUGAACCCCGAGGACCAGGUGUGGCUGGAGAUCUUCUUCAAGGACCAGAACGGCCUCUUUGCAGAACCGGGCUGGAGCGACUCGCUGUUCUCCGGGUUCCUGCUGUACGCUGACACCGACUACAUGGACACACUGGCAGAGGAGUACUCCUAGAGACAGAGGGGACCCUGAAGGCAGCAUAGAAUACUCAUAGAGACAGAGGGGACCCUGAAGGCUGCAUCGAAUACUCUUAGAGACAGAGGGGACCCUGAAGGCAUCAUCAAAUACUCUUAGAGACAGAGGGGAGCCUGAAGGCAGCAUAUAAUACUAUUAGAGACAGAGGGGACCCUGAAGGUAGCAUCGAAUACUCAUAGAAACAGAGACAGGGGACCCUGAAGGCAGCAUCGAAUACUCAUAGAGAGAGAAACAGAAGGGACCCUGAAGGCAGCAUAAAAUACUCAUAGAGACAGAGAGAGAGGGGACCCUGAAGGCAGCAUCAAAUACUCUUAGAGACAGAGGGGACCCUGAAGGCAGCAUCAAAUACUCAUAGAGACAGAGACAGAGGGGACCCUGAAGGCAGCAUCAAAUACUCAUAUAGAGAGGCUGAGACAGAGGGGACCCUGAAGGCAGCAUCAAAUACUCUUAGAGACAGAGGGGACCCUGAAGGCAGCAUCAAAUACUCAUAGAGACAGAGACAGAGGGGACCCUGAAGGCAGCAUCAAAUACUCAUAGAGAGAGGCUGAGACAGAGGGGACCCUGAAGGCAGCAUCAAAUACUCAUAGAGAGAGGCUGAGACAGAGGGGACCCUGAAGGCAGCAUCAAAUACUCAUAGAAACAGAGACAGAGGGGACCCUGAAGGCAGCAUCAAAUACUCAUAGAGACAGUGACAGAGGGGACCCUGAAGGCAGCAUCAAAUACUCAUAGAGACAGACUGAGACAGAGGGGACCCUGAAGGCAGCAUUGAAUACUCAUAGAGACAUAGGGGACCCUGAAGGCAGCAUUGAAUACUCUUAGAGACAGAGGGGACCCUGAAGGCAGCAUAGAAUACUCUUAGAGACAGGGGGGACCCUGAAGGCAGCAUCGAAUACUCUUAGAGACAGAAACAGAGACCCUGAACUAGAAGCCCUACUACUAAACAUCUGAAAAUGUGAGAAAUCUAGUCGUAGAUCUGGACCCCGACCUCAAUUACAAAACCCACAUUCACACAAUUACUAAAUCAGCAUACUAUCACCUGAAAUACACAGCCAGACUUAGAUCAUUCAUGUCUCAACAAGACCUUGAAAACCCAAUUCACACAUUUGUAUUUAGCAGGUUUGAUUACUGUAACAGUGUUUUUACUCGUCUCUGUAAAAGAAUCUAUUUAUGCAUGGUUUUUAUGAAUCUAUUAUUCCAUCGUGUUUAUUUAUUGUGUUCUUUUCUUUUGUUUUCUUAUUGUGUGAUAAUGUUGAUUUAAAGCACUUUGAAUUGCCUGUGUCUGAAAAUGUGCUUUAUAAAUAAAC